GAUUUAAACAGAAGACGAUUAGUAUUAAGACGGUUCUAAGACGUUCCUAUUUUUUGUGGUUUAUCCUGGAGUAAAUACAAAUAAAGCUGAAGAAAUACAACCUGGGUUUCAAUUCCUACAGCUUGGGGGCUCGUCCGGGAUAGCCCAAGAAAAGGAAACACGACGAUUACGACGGAUUGAGACGUGAGACGUAUUUUCAUCAAUCAUGAGACGACGACAUAGUAAGCAUGAUUUCGAAGAUGCGGAAGAUGCUGGCCCGAGUAAGACCCUGGAGCAGCGCAUACCUACUACUUUUGCCUAUGCCGAGGAGCUGAUCCCAAAAUUUAGUGGUCGAGACCAAACUGUCACCGCAUCAAGAUGGGUCCAAGAGGUGGAGGAGAACGCUGAGAUCUUUGGUUGGUCACCAUUACACCAACUCAUUGUGGGACGCAGAUCACUCAUUGGAACAGCGGCACUCUGGUUGCGGUCGGAGAAGCCAUUCAGGUCGUGGGACGAGUUCAAAACUGGUUUACUCAAAGAGUUCCCGGAUUCGUUAGACGUAAAGACAGUCCACGAAAUGAUGAGUGCGAGAAAGAAGGCCAAUAGUGAGAGCUGUACUGAUUACCUACUUGUCAUGAAGGAGUUGGGAAGGCGCGGGAAAAUGCCCGACUACGUCGCAAUAAAAUAUAUCAUAGACGGCAUUGUUGACGUAGAAACCAAUAAAAUCAUGCUGUACGGUGCAACUACAUACGGUGAGCUGAAAGAGAAACUGAAAGUAUACGAGACAGUAAAGGCGAAAAUGGUGGAUGAACGACGUAGACCCUCCAGUAGCAGCACGACGGCACCGGUAAAUUACAAUAAGACGACAAGACCAAGAUGUUUUAACUGUGGAGGAAGCAACCAUAUUUCGGCUCAAUGUUUUCACAAGGAAAGAGGGGUUAAAUGUUUCCGGUGUAAUGAGUUUGGACACAGAUCUAGUGAAUGUUCAAAACCUGCAAAUCAUCAACAAGUGACCAGUGAAAAUUCAAAAUGGCAGUCAGACAAUCGUCAGCAACGUCAUGCCAGUCCGAAACGAGCGAUGUUCACGAAAACUCCCGAACGAUACAGUGUUGCCAACACGACGCAAUCAACAACUAACUGGAGAUCGAAACCGAACGUAGAACGAAACGCAGAACUGACAGAUGACAUUUCUGCCAACUUCAUGGUAUCGGACGUAAACAACAAAAGUGUGAAAACAUCGAGGCCGCUAAAAGAAGUUCAAUUUGUUGACAACAACGCAAUAACUAUGGCGAGUCUUAUUGAUACGGGCAGCGAGGUGAAUCUCAUGACGGAAGACGUGUACAAAACUAUCGGCUCCCCAAAAUACGACGACGGAAGAUGUUUGACGUUGAGUGGACUCGGACGGACCGAAGUUGUCCCGUUGGAAAAAGAUGAUCAAGUUGUAGUACACGACAUAGACGACUCUAGACACAUGACUGAAACUGAGAAAAUAUUAGAAGACUGCAAGCCUACAGAUGAAAUAAAGAAAAGUAACGACUGUCAGAUUGAACACCGACCUGUAUCACGUAUGAAACAAGCCGACGUCCUAAGCUGUUUAGUACUUACCGAGACGACUGCACGACUGAAGAAAGCACAAGAUGAAGACGAACAUAUUCAGAUGCUGAAAGAAUCCUACCAGAAUGACAUGUUGUACCAAGAAAGAGAUGAAGAUGAAUUAUUAUUUGUAGUACCGGAGAAGACGCAGAACGAAAUUAUAAGAGAGAAUCACGAGGGAGGGACAGAAGGACUGUUUAACCGGAUUAAUAAAGGAGAUGAUGAACUUGUUAAGAUGAUAGAAGAGGAAAACGUAGAAAGAAUGAACGAGACAAGACCAGAGUUAAGAGAAAAGGCAAGAGAAUGUGUGGAGACAAUUCAAGAUGGAAGUGUUAGAGUUUAUAACAAGAAAAGAAAGAAAGCUAGAACAUACGAGAAAGAUGAUUAUAAGAAUUGUAUUAAACAAGAUUAGUUAUAAUAUAAGAUGCUUUAAUGUAAAAUUUGAAAUGAAACAGUCCGAGGGCGGACUGUACGCAGGAUGGCCGAGUGUGGGAGUGUGAAACGGAACGCAAGGGAGUGAGUGAGACGGAAUGAAUGAGUGAGGAAGUAAGAACGACGGGAUUUAAA